AUGGCAGGUCAAGGGAAGGACGUCCUUCACGUAUGGGAGAAGUGGAAGGAGGAGGAGCAUGUUUGGCCUGCGAGCCGAAUCUUCGCAGAUUAUCUCAUCAGUCACCCGACCUCUCUCCCCAACAACGCCAAGGUCGUCGAGGUUGGGGCGGGGACGGGAGUUUUGUCCAUGGGAAUCGCUAUGGGAGUGGGAGGUGUCGGGUCGGUUACAGCCACCGACGGCAGCAGGGACGCGCUGAAGAACCUGAGGAAGAACGUCGUGCAGAACGGUCUCUCCUCCAAGAUCGAUGUGAAGCACCUCGAGUGGAGAGACGACCUUCCGUCCUGGAUGGGCGGGGUGGACGUGAUUGUGGGCUCGGACGUGGUAUACGGGGAUACCACGCACUCCACGUCCUACUUCUUCCUGUCGCGGAUGGUGGCAGAGGUUCUUGGGAGAGGUCAGGGGAAGCAGGAGGAAGGCAUGGGGAUGAGUGCUGCAAAGGCGAUGUUCAUGCUGCAGGUGCGGGGGAAGGACUAUGAAGCUUCGAGUGUGAACAAGUUUGUGGAGGACCUGGAGAGGAGGGGACUGCAUGUGGAAUUCCUCGAGAUCCCUGAGGGGGUCGACAACAUGCAAGAGAAAAUGUGA